AUGGCAGGUCUAGUGGAGAGCUUCAACCCGCCACUGGUUGAAGAGAAGAAUGGAAUUAUGCCCCAAGAUAGCAAUGACCUAGAGAGACGAUAUAGUCAUUGGGAGAUAGCUCAUUCAGGGUCUAAUGAGACCAGGGAUGUUGAUUCCGAGAAGGAUAUUCCAGUAUUAUCUCACUUCAUGGCUCAUUCGAGCGUUAACGAACUGACUGCCCUAGCUGCAACUUCUGAGAUGGCGCCCAUUCGCAAGCGCGGUGUCUAUGUUGCCGCUCUCAUUUUCACCAUCUUACCUUUCUGUCCAGCUGUGCUUUGGGCGCAGCUCAUCGCUUACCAUUCAUCUUGGCGCUAUGUGGGUGCCUUUUGCGGCGCAUGGAGCGGAUUCGGUCUUUUAAUCACAGUUCUUUUCUAUUUUCCGCCUCCACGUGUCAACUCGACUGGAUUGAGUCGAAAGGAAAUAAUUAGUCGUGUUGACUUCAUCGGCGGCUUUUUGAGCAUCACAGGGCUCAUCGUCUUCUUGGCUGGGUUACAAUGGGGCGGAUAUCAGUACCCAUGGUCAUCUGCACAUGUUCUUACUCCAUUGAUCGUCGGUGUUGCUCUGCUAGUCGCUUUCACGUUCUGGGAAAUUUACGGAGCUAAAUAUCCCAUCUUCCCCACGCGGCUGAAGCAAGAGCCUCGAACGUUGUGCCUGACACUGGUCGUCACCUUUAUCUCUGGAGCCAACUUCUUCUCCGUACUCAUGUUUUGGCCUACUGAGUCAUUUAAUGUAUACGGCCACAAUCCCGUCGAUGUCGGUGUUCGCAGUCUCCCUAUCGGUUUCGGCAUCUUGGGAGGAGCUUGCAUUGUCCUCGUACUGUUGAGUGACUUGAUUGCCACUAUUUCCGCUCUUACGCUAUCUAUACGUGUCGUAGGUGGUGGUAUAGGCUACACCAUCUACUAUAAUGUGUUUGUCUCCAAGUUUGUCCCACUUGCAACCCAUUAUAUCGGAGGAGUCAUGACAACCGAGCUCAAUAUUACUAGCGUUGAGGCUAUCAGUAUAGUGAUUGAACUUACUGGUGCUUCACUGUUGGACGAAAUCAAGACUAUUCCAGGCAUUGCUGGCAAUGAAACGGCGUAUCAGAUGGUGGUUGCAGCUGGGCAAGUGGCUUAUGCCGAGUCCUAUAAGUGGGUAUACUACACCAGUAUUGCUUUUGGAGCUAUUUCUAUUAUAGCUUCUUGUUUUUUGGGGAACAUUACCAAGUAUAUGACUGAUCAUGUCGCUGUUGUGAUGUGA